CUUUUACUUUUGACAUCUCUUAUCUGAAUUUGUUGGAUGUUUGGGUUUUUGUUAAUUUUCUUUUUAAUUGUUAGUCAUAAUUUGUGCUUGGGAUUUGAAUGAAUUCAAAACUUAUUAAGUUUCUAUUUAAAGUGGUUUACAAUCUGCAUUAGUUUGUUCAUUUCAGAAGCUUGUUUUGUAAGUAUUACCUUUCCUUAAUUUUAAGGUAACAAAGAAUCGUGAGCCAAAAUGAGGAUUAUGAUAAAAGGAGGCGUAUGGAAGAACACGGAGGAUGAGAUAUUGAAGACGGCGGUUAUGAAAUAUGGGAAGAACCAAUGGGCUCGAAUUUCUUCUUUGCUUGUUCAUAAAUCUGCUAAGCAAUGUAAAGCUCGCUGGUAUAAGUGGCUCGAUCCCUCCAUUAAAAAGACCGAAUGGACUAGAGAAGAGGAUGAGAAGCUGCUUCAUUUUGCUAAGCUCAUGCCAACGCAAUGGAGGACGAUUGCCCCAAUUGUUGGCCGAACACCUUCUCAAUGUUUUGAACGUUUCGAGAAACUCCUUGAUGAACAUCGCAAAUCAGGUGAAUGAGAAGCAGGCUGGCCAUCACGACACAUAGCACACCUGCAAAGGAAUCAGUAUGAAAGUGAUGGGCAUCUUGCCAAAGCUAUAUAUUUCAGAAAUUUAUUUUUCUCACUAAUGUUCACAUCCUGCAGCUGUGAACUCUUUUAAUAUAUGAACCACCAUCACCUUUUCAACCUUGAAAUGAAAAAAAC